AUGCUAUCGCAUUUCCCACCCGAAGCAAGAUCAUUCACCGCAUUGAAGAGAAGCGCCCAUAAUCUCGAAUUAGAGUCAUUCCAACAGACAACAAUGAAAAGAAUAAAACGAGAUACCAUAUUAAAUAACGAACAAUUCCCCAAUGACCCAAAUAUAAACGUGACAGCAAACAAUACCUCCAUAACAAUGAACUUUCCCGUUUUACAACAAAUUCAGAGACCACCAACACCAAUAUCGUCUCCAAACGCACAACAAAACAACAACAAUAAUAAUAAUAAUACGGCGACGGCAGGAUAUGGUAAUGAAAGUGCAGAGACAUAUUCCGAGGUCGAAGAAUAUAUGAUAAAGGGAUACUUUGACACCGCCAAUUUUACUAAUACGAUUCAAAACACUGAACCAUUGCAUUUAGCACAAUAUAGCUUAUAUGAUGUGACACCAGAGGAAUCAGAAAUGGAGAAUACGAGUAUGGUGAGCGACGAUCAAGAUCAAAUAAUGUGUUAA